AUGCCCCUUUCAGACGAGACCAAGGACCGAUACAACGCCGUUCUCGGCAUCGCCAAGACUGUCUUCAGCGUCGGUUGGAUCCCCUUCAUCAUCUACGUCGGCUACAAGAACUCUACCCCCCAGCCUUCCCUCAUCAAGCUCAUCACCCCAUUAGCGUAA